AUGGCUAAAGUUCUAACAACAGCUUCAAAAUGUGUACCGAACUUAAUUACUCUUUCAUCAAAGGCAUCAACAAUAAAUAUUCGUUCAUCAUCACCUAUUCACCGAUCAUAUUCAAUUCAAUUGGGACGUUAUUCAUCAUCAAAUAAUAAUAUUCAUUUACAUAAACAAAAUCAUAUUUCAAUAACAAAUCAUAAUCGAUUAGUACAACCGAAUUGUUUUAUCUAUCAUGAUCCACUUUUUAUAUCGAAACGAGGAAAUGCAUCACAACCUAAAGGAUUUUUUGGUUCAUUAAUAGAUAAUAUUAAAGAAGAACUUAAUAAAAAUAAGGACAUUAAAGAUAAUAUUAAAAAAUUUCGUGAUCAAGCUAAAAAACUUGAAGAUAGUGAUGCAUUAAAAGAAGCUCGAGAUAAAUAUAAAGUAUUAGAACGUGAAACAAUGAAAAGUUCGGCUGUUCUUCGAGAAAAAAUUGGUGAAAUUGGUGAAAAAGUUAAAGAAAGUGAUGUUAUGAAAAAAGCAUCGGAUAUUGGCUAUGAAUUAGGCAAACAAGCACAAAAAGCUGCAGAAAAAAUCUCUGAAACAACCGAACAAAUAACUGAUACAGCUGCUUUUAAAAAAGUUUCUCAACGUUUAAGUACAAUUAAAGAAGAAGUUGGUGAUGCUACUAAAUUAACAAGACAAUUAGGUUAUCGACCACCAGCAGUUUUACGAAAACGAACUGAUACUGAUUCAGUUAAAAAAGAAAAAGUCUUUCAUGCUGAUACAGAAACCCAAACGAUAACUGUACACAAAGAUUCUCAAUGGUUUCAAAGUUGGCAAAAUUUUAAAGAGAAUAAUACUUAUUUACAUAAAUUAUUUGAUCUUAAAUCAAAGUAUGAUGAAAGUGAUAAUUUAGUAGUACGUGUUGCAAGAACAUUUACAGAUAAAGUAUCAGGAGCAUUAUCAUCAAUAUUUAGUCAAUCGGAAACAAGUGAAGCUUUAACAGAAAUAUGUCGUAUUGAUCCAACAUUUGAUGUCGAAAAAUUUAUUCGUAUUGUUCAAUAUGAUAUUAUUCCGAAUAUACUUGAAUCUCUAGCACGUGGUGAAUUAGAAAUUUUAAGAGAUUGGUGUACGGAAGCUGUUUACAAUGUACUCAUUCAUCCGAUAAAUGUAUCCAAAGCAUUAAAUCAUAAAUAUCAUUUAAAAAUUAUUGAUCUUGGUGAUGCUGAGCUUGUUGCCGCUAAAAUCAUGGAAAUGGGACCUGUUCUUGUAGUGACAUUUCAAGCUCAACAAAUAGCUUAUAUAUCUGAUGCAAAUGGGAAAGUAGUUGAAGGAGAUCCGGAACAAAUAAAUCGAAUAAAUUAUAUCUUUGCCCUUGGUCGUGAUCCAACCAUUCUUGAUCCAUUAUCAGCUUGGCGUUUAGUUGAUUUAAGUGCAUCAAAAGUGAAUCAUUUUGUUUGA